AUGAAUAGAAAUUAAGGAAAUUUAUUAGUUUUUGAAAUUAUUGAAGGUGUUAGAGAAUGGAUAUAAACAAACAUUAUAGACUUAAUUCUUCAAUAAAAAGAAUAAGCUGUUGAAAAAUAGAAAAUUAUUUAUCAUAGACCAACUUUUGAUACAUAUACACCUUGUACAAUAGAAAACUUUCUUGUUUGGAAAGCUAAAUUUGAUGACGAACUAAAUAAACUAAAAGUUAAAUAAUAAAAAGAAGAAGAAUUACGGUUAAGUGGAAAAUAAUUCUUUCUCAAAAAUAAAGGAGAAAUUAAAGAACCUGAACCUGAGGAAGAAGAAGAAGAAGAAGAAGAUGAAGAUUAUGAUUAACAAGAAGAUGCUGAAUAUGAAGAAUUUAAAAAAUGA